AUGUCUGUUGGCAGUGUACACAGUACUCUUCAUGAAUUAAAGCUGUAUCCCUAUCGAAUUGAGGUACGACCAGAAUUGAAACCUCCAGAGACUACGCUCGUCGGACACAAUUUUGUCGCUGGUUUAAUUUUUUUGUGCACCAAGAUGCCUAAGCAAGGAAUAAAACGUAAACAAUGGGACAAGGAAGCCAUGGUUAGGGCUGUUCAAGCAGUUAAAAAUAAGGAAAUGGGAUACCAAAAGGCCUCUCAAAUAUUUCAAGUUCCAAAAGGGACUAUUGAAAGGUAUGUAAAGGAUGCAAGAAGUGUACAUGAGUUGGCAUCUACCAGUUUGGGUAGAAAGCCAGCUUUGACUUGUGAAAUGGAAAAGAUGCUGGCGGAAUAUUGCAUACAAAUGGAAAAAAAGUUCUAUGGAUUGAGAUGGCAAGACGUUAAACACAUGGCAUUUCAGUUAGCCAUUCGAAAUGGACUACGACAUCCUUUUAGUCAAAGAACAGGAAGUACGGGGAAAAAAUGGCUAAGAGGAUUUUUGGCAAGACAUCCUGAGUUAUCCGCCCGUACUCCCCAAGCAGUAUCUGCAGCAAGAGUAAAAGGGUUUAAUGCUGAAAGUGUUACGCAAUUUUUCGACAUUUACGAAAAAGAAUUAGAAAAAAUUCAUCAUUCACCCCACAGACUAUUUAAUGUCGACGAAACUGGAAUAACAGUAGUCCAACACAAACAAAGUAAAGUUUUGAGUUCAAAACGAAAAAAGCAAGUUUGA